AUGCGUACAUCUAUUUGUAUUGUUAUUAUUCUUACAUUCAUUGAGUCCAUUGUAAGUGCAUAUGCUGCAGAUAAUCGAAUUGUUAUUGGAUCAAGUGUGGGUGGUAUUCUUGGUUUAAUCAUUCUUAUUCUUGAUCUUAUUGCUAUUUUUGAAUUGCUCAAAUCGAGUAGUCGUGGUUUAUGUUUCAAAACUAUUUGGAUUUUAAUUAUCAUCUUUUUUCCUAUUGGUGGUUUGAUUUUAUAUUGUUGUUGUGCUCGAUCUCAUACGGUUGAUGAAAUUGUUUAA